AUUCCUCUCCCCUCCGUUCUCUAGGACCACGAUGGCAGCACUCCUGUGCCCCGCACCCGGUGCCCCCCUGGCCGCAUUGCCCCUGGGCUCCCCCACACUGCUGUCCCGUGUUCCCCCUGCAGCAUUGACCUCAGCCCCCUGAAGACCCCCCUGGAGCCCUUAGGCAGUGUCACCCCAGACCCCAUCAGCAUUUCAGAGCCCUCUGACCAUGCCACCCUUGUUACAGAUGCCCCAGAGCCCCGAGGUGAUGCCACCUCAGGGCCUGACACCCUGGUGCCCCCAGAUGAUGCUCCCCAAGAGGACAGCCCCCCAGAGACCCCCAGCAGGGCCCCCCAAGAGCCCAGUAGCAGUGCCCCAGGGCCCUUCUUCCCGUUCUCCCCCAGCCUCCUCCCCCCACUGCCUCCUUCUCCAGACCACCCCAGCAGCACUCCCUUGGAGCUGCGUACUCCUGACCCUGCUGGCAGCACCUCCAUGGGGCCUUGCACUCUGGAUACCCCUGGCAGCCCCUCCCCGGGCCCCCCAGGCACCUCCACCCCGCAGGAUACUCCAUUCCGCAGGUGGCGAGCGGCCCCCCCCGAUCUCUCCUGCAGCCCCGUGGCUUCCCAACCUCUGGCUGAGAAUGGGGAUGUGGGUACUCCUCCACAUCACAGCACCUUGGGGAUGGCUGGAUCCCCAAGCCCUGCUUCACCAGAGCAGUGCUCCACACAGAUCGAGGCAGUGGGGUCGGAGCCUGUAGAGUCAGCAGUGACAGCCACCCCGGUGUCUUUGUCUGAGCCAUCCCUGGGGGCUGUGUCCUGGAUAAUGCCACUGGUGUGGCUGGAGAGGACUCUCCCUGCCUCGUCCCUGCUGGAGUCCCUGCGGCACAGCCUCCCCCUGUCUGUGUCGUGGCGGGAUGCUGGCACCAGUGUCACCCCAGUGCCUACUGCAGCUGUCAGUACUGGUGUCACCCCAGUGCCCACUGUACCUAUGGGUACCACCGUAACCCCGGUGUCCACUGUACCUGUGGGGAGCAGUGUCACCCCAGUGCCAACUGUGGCCACAGGCACCAGUGUCACCCCAGUGCCCACUGGAUCCAUUGGCACCAGUGUCACCCCAGUGCCCACUGGAUCCAUUGGCACCAGUGUCACCCCAGUAUCCACUGGAUCCAUUGGCACCAGUGUCACUCCAGUGCCCACCAUGGCUAUGGGCACCACCAUGACCCCGGAGGAGAGGAGUGCUGGCACAUCCAUGCCUGCUGGUGCCAAGGACAGCGCUGCUGAGACUGACUCUCUGCUCUGGCACUGUCCCCGGGAGCAGCUGCGUUUGCUGCCACGAGCAGAGCUGGAGGGGCGGCUGGAGAGCACCCUGAUCAUCAUCGAGGCGCUGUCACUGCAGCUGCGCGACUGGCAGGACUGCCAGCGUCCACUCCCUGCUGUGGGGCCAGCAGGGCAGAGGGAUGCACACACCCAGACCGAUGUCACCCGGCCCCAGGGGGAGGAGGGGAUUUACCACGGCCUCUACGUGGAGCUGCGGAGGAAGGCGCAGGCUGUGCAGCGGCAGCGUGGAGCAGAGCAGGAGUUGGCACAGCAGCUGGCGCGGGCAGCAGAGGCAAUGGAUGCAUGGACUGGGCAGCGCCGUGCGCUGUGGGAUGUUGCAGACGCCGCUCUGCAGGGCGUGAAGAAUGACCACGCAGCACUGGAGCAGGAGCGGCUGCAGGUGCGUGCCAUGGUGUCCCGGUGCGAGGCGGUGCUGCGCGCUGUCCCCACCAAGCUGCAGAGCUGCCUGCAGGAGCGGGAUGCUGCACAGCAACAAGCGGAUGAAGCCCUCCGUGCUAAGCAGGAGAGCGACGGUUUCCUGGAGGCGUUCCGUUCCCACGCUGCUGCCCAGAUUGGUGCCUGCACGCAGAGCCUGGAGCUGCAGCAGGAGCUGAGCACGCUGCUGGCAGCUGCUGUCCAGCAGCAGGUGUCCCUGGCUGCAGAGGCUCAGCCCUUCCGGGAAUUCAUAGACGUGACCUUUGCCAACCUCCAGGAGGAGCGGGGAGCGCUGGAUGGAGAGCGGGAGCAGGUGCGUGCCCUGGUGUCUCGCUGCAUGACUGCGCUGCGGGACGUCCCCACCAAGCUGCACAGCUGCCUGCAGGAGCGGGAUGCUGCGCUGCAACAGGUGGAGGAAGCCCUCCAAGCCAAGAAGGAGGUGUCCCAGCAGCUGGAGGAGACCCUGGAGGCUCUGCAGGAUGCAGUGGCUCAGGGGGAGCAGCUGGCAGUUACCAACUCACGCCUCAGUACAGACCUGAGCACAGUGAUGAAGCAGCUGGCCAGCCUGCAGCAGGAGCAGGACGCGCUGCAGCAGGACUACGAGGAGCAGAAGGAGAAGAUGAGCCGGCUGACCAAGGAGCGGGAUGCUCUGCAGCGGGAGUGCCGGGAGCUGCAGGAAGCAGCGGAGUGCCGGGAGUUUCUGGACCAGGAGAACCGCAUGUCCCGCAGGCAGCUGAUGGAGGUGGAAGCCAAGCUGCAAUCCACGCUGGCUGAGCUGCAGGAGCACAGCCUGCAGCACGAGGAGCUGCUGGAAGCCCACCAGGGCCUGCAGGAGGAACGAGCCGCCUUGCAAAAGGAGCUGGAGAGCACCAAGGCAGAGCUGCAGGACCUGCAGCUCAAGAGGGACAGGGUGUCCUGGUGCUCAGCAGACAUUGCUGAGAGCAAGGCGAGGCUGCAGAAGCUGGCUGACUGCCUGCGAGCCGCCCUGCCUCAGCAGGAUGAUGAUGAUGAGGUCCCAUCGAGGAGCAAGACCUGGACCCCAGGCUGGAGGACCCCCCGUGGGCCCUGGACCCCCCGCAGCAGUGCUUGGACCCCCGUGUGCCGCACACCUGCCUGCCACACACCGCACCGUGCCAGGGGGUCCUUUGUAGGCAGCGUUCUGAAGGCGGUGUCAGGAAGAGAUGGUGAUGAAGGCACUGGAGGUGAGAGUCUAUCUGCCAGGGAUAGGGCUGUAUCCACACCGAAGCCCCCAGAGCCUGAGGAUGGUCUGAUGGAGCAGGCAGCUGAGCUGCGGGCCGUGGUGUCUGACCUCUCUGUGCUGAGCUCCCGCAUCCAGGAGUUGGAACAGAGCGAGUUCAAGGCACUGCAGGCAGAGAUCUCUGACCUGCAGCUUGAGCUGGAGAAGGUGACAACUGAGAGCCAGGAGCGGAUGGACGCACAGGCUGCCAACAUUGCCAAGCUGAACAAGGUGCUGCAGGGCAAGCUGCAGGUGAAGUUCCCCGUUCGCCCCUCCGCCCGGCAGCAGCAGCUCAAGAUCCUGGGCUUGGUGGCCAAAGGCUCCUUCGGUACCAUCCUAAAAGUGUUGGACUGCGGGCGAGAGAAGGUCUGCGCCGUGAAGGUCGUGCCCAAAGUGGAGGUGCUGCGCCGCGACACUCUUAAGCAGUGCAAGGAAGAAGUCAGCAUCCAGAGACAGGUCAGGCACCCGUUUGUCCACGGCCUUGGGGACAGCUGGCAGGGCCAGCGCCACCUCUUCAUCAUGUGCACCUACUGCAGCACUGGGGACCUGCACGCACUGUGGCGUGCAGCUGGGCGCUUCGCCGAGGCCACCGUCCGCCUGUUUGCUGCCGAGCUGAUCCUGGUGCUGGUGUACCUCCACGAUCUGGGCAUCGUGCACAGAGAUGUGAAGAUGGAAAACAUCCUCCUGGAUGAGAGAGGGCAUCUCAAACUUGCUGACUUUGGCCUCUCCCGACACCUGCGCCGCGGUGAGCGGGCACACACCAUCUGUGGCACUCUGCAGUACAUGGCCCCAGAGGUGUUGAGCGGGGGUCCCUACAGCCACGCAGCUGACUGGUGGUCCCUGGGUGUGCUGCUCUUCGCCUUGGCCAGCGGGGAGUUUCCAGUGCCACCAGCGAGGGACCACGUGGCCAUGCUGGAGCGUGUCAAGGAAAGCAGCUACGCGAGCCCCCCUGCGCUCAGCCCUGCCCUGGGCCGACUGCUGGCUGAGCUGCUGUGCCACAACCCCCUUCGCCGCCUGCGUUACCUCCACCACUUCCAGGGCCACCCUUUUUUCCGGGGGCUGCCUUUCGACGCCGAGCUUCUGCAAAAGGACCCGGUGGCCUUGGCUGUGGCCCCACGCCCCAGCGAGCAGCCUCUGCCCGAUCCUGACACCUUUGACGACUUCGACUGCGACCUCACCGCCACCCCCCGAACCGGCCAUGGCCUGGCUGAGCCUCCGCUGGAGGAACCCCGCAGCACGGAGGGACCCCCGCACCACUCAGGGACACCCCCUUCCCUCUGUACCUCUUCCCACGGGAGCAAUAAACCCAGACCCGACGGUAAUGCUGUGGGUGUCUCCUGCAGGGCUGCGCACCGAGGGCAGGGGCUGGGGGCAAUGUACAAAACUGAGCCCCCCACCAACGCAAACCUUCCAGCUCCGCGCUGCGCAGCACGCCGGCAAUUCCCGUGGCUGGCAUGCCGCCUGGCCAUCACCUGGUGCCGGCAGAAGCUGCAGGCAGAGCUGAAGAUUGGCUCCUUCGGCUUCUUCUGGGCACAGAACAUCAGCCUCAAGUUUCAGCAGGAGCAGCAGACAGUGGAAAUUGAUAACGUCUGGAUCUCCAGUAAACUGAGCCGGGAGCUCCCACGCUACUUUGAGCUGUGUUUUGGUGAAGUGCGAAUCCGCACAGAUCUGCAGAAGAGCCAUGGGCUCCAGCCAUCCUUCCCUGAGGCUCCCAAGGAAGCUGAUGAUGGCUGUGCUGCUGUUGCAUAG